GCCCGCGCGCGGUCGCACCUCUAGGCGCUUCUUGCCCGCCGCUCCCUCGCUCGCUCGUUCGCUCGCUGGCUGGAGCUUUGCCUCGCGGCUCGCGGAGGCUCGGGGUGGUGCGCCCGAGGGUCGGCUGGGGAGGAAGCGAGGGAGGAAGGGAGAGGAGAGAGGGGACGAGGCUGCGGGGGUGCUGCUGGCGGGGGACGGAGGAAAGAUGUCGGGCGAGGACGAGCAGCAAGAGCAGACGAUCGCGGAGGACCUGGUCGUGACCAAGUAUAAGAUGGGGGGCGACAUCGCCAACCGGGUACUUCGUUUUCUGGUGGAAGCUUCUAGCUCAGGUGUCUCGGUACUGAGCCUGUGUGAGAGAGGUGAUGCCAUGAUUAUGGAAGAGACGGGGAAAAUUUUCAAGAAAGAAAAAGAAAUGAAAAAAGGUAUUGCCUUUCCCACCAGCAUCUCGGUAAAUAACUGUGUGUGUCACUUCUCCCCUUUGAAGAGUGACCAGGAUUAUAUUCUCAAGGAAGGGGACUUGGUAAAAAUUGAUCUGGGGGUCCAUGUGGAUGGCUUCAUUGCUAAUGUGGCUCAUACUUUUGUCGUUGGGAUAGUUCAGGGAACCCAAGUAACAGGACGGAAAGCAGAUGUCAUCAAGGCAGCUCACCUUUGUGCUGAAGCUGCCCUACGCCUUGUCAAGCCUGGAAACCAGAAUACACAAGUGACAGAAGCCUGGAACAAAGUUGCCCACUCAUUUAAUUGCACGCCAAUUGAAGGUAUGCUAUCACACCAGUUGAAGCAGCAUGUCAUUGAUGGAGAGAAAACCAUUAUUCAGAAUCCCACAGACCAACAGAAGAAAGACCAUGAAAAAGCUGAAUUUGAGGUACAUGAAGUAUAUGCUGUGGAUGUCCUUGUCAGCUCAGGAGAAGGAAAGGCUAAGGAUGCAGGACAGAGAACCACGAUUUAUAAACGAGAUCCUUCUAAACAAUAUGGCUUGAAAAUGAAAACUUCACGUGCCUUCUUCAGUGAGGUCGAAAGGCGUUUUGAUGCCAUGCCAUUUACUUUAAGAGCUUUUGAAGAUGAGAAGAAGGCCCGGAUGGGUGUGGUUGAGUGCGCCAAACAUGAAUUGCUACAACCAUUUAAUGUUCUCUAUGAGAAGGAGGGUGAAUUUGUUGCCCAGUUUAAAUUUACAGUUUUGCUUAUGCCUAAUGGCCCCAUGAGGAUAACCAGUGGUCCUUUUGAGCCUGACCUUUAUAAGUCAGAGAUGGAAGUCCAGGAUGUAGAACUAAAGGCUCUUCUCCAGAGUUCUGCAAGUCGAAAAACUCAGAAAAAGAAAAAAAAGAAGGCCUCUAAGACUGCAGAGAAUGCCACCAGUGGGGAAACAUUAGAAGAGAAUGAAGCUGGGGACUGAGGUGGGUCCCAUCUCCCCAGCUUUGCUGCUCCUGCCUCAUCCCCUUCCCACCAUACCCCAGGCUCUGUGACGUGCAGUUCAUCUCCACCCAGGACAGCCAGCAGAGCAGGGGUGUCCCUGCCCGUCCCAGCCCCCCACCCAGCCCCUUCCAACAACAGCCAGCUCCAACUGACUCUGGUCUUGGGAGGCCAGACUUCCCAGCCACAGAAGACUACUUUAAAUAGAAAAGAGAAAUUGAAUAAUAAAAUCAGGAGUCAAAAUCCAUCGUCUUCAAGCCCCUCUUUGUAGCCUUUUUCUACUACUCUCUGCUUGGUCAAGGUUUAUGGCCCUACAACAGAACAGGGAGGAGGCUAUGGUAGCCACCACUGCUAAAAACUCAGCUGAAAUUUUUUUAUACCACUCAAUCUCAGCAUUUUCCCAUCACUUGGGGCUUAUUCCUCUCUUUCCCACUUGACCCCAGUGUUUUAUCUGGCCUCGAAAUAGAGGAGCUAUUCAUCUGCAGCAGCUUCCUAAUCCGGUCAGGCCCCUCCCGUUUUUAGGAGUCGGAGUCUGCAUUUACCAAGGAAUUCUCAUCCGUCAAAUGGAUCCUUAUUUGUAAAUCUUUUUAGUCAUUUUUGUCCUGCAAGAACCUUUCUUUUUAAUUCCACAAGGCUCUAAGGAAGUAAUCUGUCUCAACUGUAUCAAUUUCAUUGGGGUCUUCCUGUGCUCCAUUUUACAAGCCUGAGUUGGAAGUGCAACUGUGGUUUUGUUCCCUGUUCGAAGUAUUUUUGACUUCCCUCCUUUGAAAGAAAGACCAGGAACCAGAGGAAAAGACUGACUGAAGGAAACCUCCUGGCUUUCUAAAGCUGGACUUGGAUUGAAUAAAUUACUAAGAGUUUGGAGAGAAAGGCAAUGAUUUCAGAGGCAUGCAGUCCCAGGGAACUAGGGCUCCCACUAACUGAAGAGGUUUUUAAAUACAUUGAAAAAGACAUGGCAUUAAAAUAAAUUUGGAUUUACUCAUAA